ACAAACCUUCAUGACAGAUCAGGCGGAGUUUGUGACGGAACUGAACUUGUUCUGUCGAAAACUUCUCAGACUUGUUUUAUGUGACUCUGAAGUUUUAGUAAGAGGACAAACUGAAAUGUGAUCUGGUGGAUUACAUCAUUGCUCUAUGUUGUGUUUAUGUAAACUGGGCGAUGCUCUGUCCUGUGGUUUAUGCUUUAUAACCAGGGAUCAUCUACUUCUGCUGUCAUUACAUCGUUAAAUGACACAAUAACAAACAAUAACAAACAAUUAAGGCUGAUGUUUGUGCGACGUGUUCAUCACAGGGAGGACGCCAAGCUGGCUCACAGAGCAGAUCGAAAGCAGUACCAUUUAAACCAGACAGGAUAUAUAGAAGGAGGAACGACGCACCACAACUCAGACUUCAUCUGUCAGCCAUGAGUAUCAUCAACAUCGGUCCAGACCCGUCUCUGGCAUAUCGGCCAAAUUUGGAGAUGAAUGACUCCAAAGAGAAGGAAAACUACAGAAACUAUGAGAGUGGAAGUCUAAUUGACCGCGUGUUCAACACAUACAAGCUGAUGCACACCAAUCAGACACUGGACUUUGUGAAUCAGAAACACUCUUUAUGGACCAGCUGCAAACACGCUCAGAUGACGAUGAUGGACACCGUCAUGUCUCUAGACCAGCUGGUGGAUGAGUCCGAUCCUGAUGUGGACUUCCCCAACUCCUUCCACGCCUUCCAGACGGCUGAGGGCAUACGCCAAGCACACCCAGACAACGACUGGUUCCAGUUGGUAGGUCUGAUCCAUGAUGUUGGGAAGACGAUGGCCCUUUGGGAUGAACCCCAGUGGGCUGUAGUAGGUGACACCUUCCCAGUGGGCUGCAAGUUUCAAAACUCCAUUGUGUUCAGAGACAAUACCUUCCUGGAUAACCCAGAUGAGAAGAAUCCCAGCUACAAUACUGAAUACGGGAUCUAUGAAGCAAACUGUGGGCUCGACAAAGUCCUCAUGUCCUGGGGCCACGACGAGUAUCUCUACAGAGUUAUGAAGUUCAACAACUGCUCCAUCCCAGAACAGGGGUUGUACAUGAUUCGCUUCCACUCAUUCUACCCCUGGCACUCCCACGGAGACUACAUGCACCUGUGCAAUGAAAAAGACCUGCGCAUGCUGCCCUGGGUCCAAGAGUUCAACAAAUUUGACCUCUACACUAAGACCACCUCGCUACCUGACGUCGACAAGCUGAAGCCGUACUACCAGUCGCUGAUCGACAAGUACUGUCCUGGAAUGCUGAAGUGGUGAAACACACAACAUUUCAACAGCAACACUAUAUAGAUACAGAAGGUGAUUACAUACGCUAAAUAAAUGAUUUGUUGUUGUGUUUCUUUAUAAUAAUAAUAAUAAUAUACGGUCUCCUGUACUGUACACACAUCUUAGGGUACUAAUAUUGAUUAUAUAAUGACAGUUCAAGUUAUUAGAAUUACAUAUAUAACAAAUGAUUUUUAAACAUUUUCAGAUAAAAACUUUACAGAAAAGCAUUUCUAUUUUAUUGUACUUUAAUGUGAUAAAAAAUACAUUUUGAAAAUACUA